CAACACAGCUGAAGUCAUAGCGAACAUUCUUGGUCCUCAACCGGUUCUCGCAGUAGCAGGCAACGCAACAAGUGUUGCAGCUGUGGUAUGAACCGGAACAUGACUCUACUAACACAGUUUAGUACUGGAAGAUAGCGGGAGUAAGUGCAAGAGUGACCGUGGAGACUGCUGCAGACGGUCGGUUGACCAGGAGAGCAGCUCAGAUACUCGACGUGACAAACUGAAGCAGAUCAUGAAGCUGUCUCUGUGGAAGAACAAAGCCGAUGAGUGCAAUGAAGUCGUGAGAGGAGACGACGCGUUGGUGUUGUUUGACGAGAACUGCUGCUUGAGAAUCAGAGCGUUAAGAUCAUCGCGUGAAUUUCUCUCGCUUAUUCCCUUUAUUAGUGGAUUGCCAAGACAAGGUGUCGCUGUCUAUGAAGAUGAAGCUUAUGCACCAUCUCGAAUCCCUAUCACUUUCCAAAGCGACGAAACUACUGGUGACUUCAACUAGCAACUUCAAAUAGGUGACCGGUCGUCUGACUCCCCAUUGAAAGAGAACCGUUCCUCUGCUCGGCUGUUUCGGUUCGAAGGAAACCAUCGCGUCGAGCUACCUGACACCUCGUCAGUUUAGAGUAGCCCGAGAGUAUGGCAGCUGCAGAAGCCUUGCUGGCCUAUGAGCCCUUGCAACAGCUCCAACACGAGAACUACCUCUUGCGCGAAGAGAAUCGGCGACUUCACAGUGAGGUUCGAGAGCUGCUGCGAUGGAAAGAGAAGGCUAUAGCUCACAUGGCUGCGAUGGCGCCUGCUCGUCGGCGUGCUGCACGUGAGGUUGAGCAUGCAAAACAACUUCAACAGCAACUUCGCACCGUUGAAACUUCACUGAAAUCCCGAGGCGCGCUUGAGCUAGCUACAACGGAGUUGGAGACAGAACGUGAGGCUCUUCAGCAUCGUAUCGAGGUGCUCAAGCGUGAGAAUGGUGCGCUGAAGCUUCAUAGCGAGCGCAGUAAUCGCCGAGCUGACGAAGCUGAAGCGCAACUCGCAGCCAUGGGAGAGUCAUUUCGUCUUCACCUUGAGCGGCUUGUAGCAAUGCGAGAAAGUCUUGAUGAGAGUGGGGAUGGCAAGAGCAAAAGCAAUAAGGAGAAUUCAACAGAGACUACGAAGAGCAAGGAAAACAACCCAAGCAACAGUCCUAGCACUACCAUUGGUAAUCAGGACCCUGGGAAGCCAGAAACUGAAGCGGACGAUGCAGAUUCAUCGUCCUCAGACUCGUUGGGCUCUGCUGCUUUAGUGAUGGGACUGGACGCAGUGGCGUCCAAGUGUCUAUCGUGGCUCCAGCAGCAUUUGGCACAAUCAUUCGCACAACAACAGCAGAAGGCUUCACAUUACGAAGCUCAGUACGAAGAGAUGAAGCGAUUAAAGGAGCAAGUGCAGGCUGCCGGUCGUAUACCGGAAGAGUUAGCUGAACAGCAUGCCAAACAGGCUCGUGAACUGAUAGAGCUACGCGACGCUCACGAACAACUGCAGCAACGAGUAGCUGAUGCAGACAACAUGGUGAUUGUGCAGCAACAACGUCGAGAGGACAUGGUAACGCGGUUGCGUCUCGUUGCAGGCGAGGUGCGUCAGUACUUGAGACUCGUGCGAGGCGAAAUUAAGCGCAAGUUUGGCUAUCUACCAGAGGCUAUCGCCCAUGCUGAGAGCUGGGCGAGGAUCGCUGAAGCGCUGGAACUGUUGCUGUGUCAGAGUUCAGAUCGGUGCACUGCUCAAGCUCGCAGGAAGGCCAAAUGAAUGAAAGAUACCAUGUUGAAGUUGCCAUAUCUGCACUACUACAUUAUCUCACUAAUUUAUGGCUAUGGCUGUGCUCACGAUUAGGCCGAUGGACGCUGUCGCUUC